AUGGGGUGUUUAAAGUGGGAGUGCGUGGAGUGGGAGUGCGUUGAGUGGGAGUGCCUGGAGUGGGAGUGCGUGGAAUGUGUNCCAUCUGCUCCACCUGCUCCACCUGCACCACCUGCUCCACCUGCUCCACCUGCCCCGCCUGCUCCACCUGCUCCACCUGCUCUACCUGCUCCACCUGCUCUACCUGUUCCAUGUGCUCCACCUGCUUCACUUUCCUUCACCUGUUUACCCUCACCCGUUUACCCUCACCCGUCUACCCUCACCCAACUGGAGAAUAUUCAACCGUUGCGUCAUCCUAACCUGUCGCGCUAUAUCCUCGCUCGACGCAACCCUAAACCCAGCGCCCUACAGCCCACCGCCCUACAGCUCAGUUCCCUACAGCUCAGCGCCCUACAACCCACCGCCUUACAACCCACCGUCCUACAGCCCACCGCCCUACAGCCCAGCGCCCUACAUCCCACCGCCCUACAGCUCAGUUCCAUACAGCCCAGCGCCCUACAGCUCAGUUCCCUACAACCCACCGCCUUACAACCCACCGCCCUACAGCCCACCGCCCUACAGCCCAGCACCCUACAGCCCACCGCCCUACAGCCCAGCGCCCUACAGCCCACCGCCCCACAGCGCAGUUUCCUACAGCCCGGACAAGCGUUUAAGAAAAACCCGGACGUUGAGUGCCUCGAAGGUAGUUAG